UAAAAACUAAAUUGGGUCUUAAUCUGCAGUUCAUGCAACUGGAUCGUCUAACGCCUAUGAUGAAGGUCAUCGUCAUCCUCUGUCUCACCCUGAUCUCUCAGGCCAGUGCAUUAGCCAGUGUCACUGACGCUGAGAUCAAGUCUCUUUCUGAGACACUGUACAAGUUAGACUUUAACAGGGCCACAGCCUCAGACCUGGUUAUUGAACCUCAGACACUGAUCUCUUCUUCUGCAACCGGCUCCGGGAAUGACCUGUCAUCACGCCCAUUGUUCCAGCAAGUUAGUAGUACUUUGCUCUCCAAGCCCACGUAUCAAGCUCUCCUGAAUCUACUGGACAAUUAUAAACGGAUGACAGGAGAAGUGGAGGAUGUGCCCUCACAGGAAGUGGAGGAGCAGGACACUUUCCUACAAGAGACCAUGAACACUGAACUGGGCAUUGAGCUCUACAAUUUCCUCCACUCUAAAGGUGCAUACUCAUCACAGAGCGAGUUUAUCCAGGAUCUAAAGAUGAUGUGGUUUGGCCUUUACUCUCGAUCUGAUGGCAGGCUGGACUCCAGUGGGUUCGAGCACAUCUUUGUAGGGGAAGUUAAAAGUGGUAAGGUGUCUGGUUUCCACAACUGGCUGCAGUUUUAUCAGAAUGAGAAACAGGGACUCAUGAAUUACUACAGCCAUAGUUUUGAUGGCCCUUGGACCACAUUUCCUGACGUACUGGGAAUGCAGUUUAAUUGGAAUGGCUAUUUCAAAGAGGUUGGAUCUGCCAUAAUCGGCUGUAGUCCUGAAUUUGAUCUGGCUAUCUACAGUCUCUGCUACAUCACCCGCCCUGGGCAGAGGUGUUAUGUGAGCUUGGGAGGGCAGAGUCUGGGCAUUCAGACCUACACAUGGGACAAGAGCAGCUAUGGGGAUGGAAAGAAGUACAUUGGCUCCGCUUACCCUGCCACACCUUGAUUCUCUUUCAUCCGAAUAUCAGCAUCAACAAACUCACAACUCAUCUGCAAUUUUAAUUAUUCGAUUGAUUAUUUGAGGUUGAUGUUGGAUCUAAUAAAAAGCAGGAACAGAAAAACA